UGCUUUCUAGGUUUUAAACUUUGUGCCUUUUGUGCAAAGCCACAAUUCCUUCGAGAAAGGUUUGAUCUUUGUGAAACCCCCAACAGCUUAGCUUCCAUGGAAGGACAACCCAGCGAGUUUCACGAUUGGGAGAUGCUUAACAACUCGGGCGAGAGAAGCUCAGUUAACUCGUUCGACUCAGUUGAGACCAUGAAGAGUUUGGAGGGAAUCGAAGCUGACUCCGAAGGCAUGAUUCGAACCGAUUACUUCUCUCUCGAUUCGCAUAACAAGUAUGUGAAGACUGUCAGCGAAGAGGGUUCGAUUGAGUCUGACAAUCCGAGUUGGAUCGAUCCUGAGUCGGAGACUAGGUAUCCGAGGAAGGAACCCGGCGAGUUUUGGCCUGAUUCAGGUAGCGAUAAGUCCGAUGACCUUAAAUUCAACGAAUUCGAUGCUAAUAAUGAACUGGGUUUUGUUGAAAAUGAAAAAAUCCAACUGGGUUUUGAAGGAAUUGGGGAAAUUGGACCGGUUUCGAUGGAAUUUGGGGAUUUUGAGCACGAUAGUAAUGCAAAUUCCGAGUCAGCUGGAGAGAAGGGUUUGUCGAGUGGGAAUGAAAGUGAUGCUAUUGGAGCAAUGAAGUCUAGUGGUGGUGAGGAAGAGAAGAGGAGUGUUGUUUGGUGGAAACUUCCAUUUGAGUUCUUCAAGUACUGUGCUUUUAAGGUUAACCCAGUUUGGACUUUCUCGGUAGCCGCAGCGGUUAUCGGUGUUGUUGUAUUGGGACGCCGCUUAUUCAAGAUGAAGAAGAAGAACCGGAGCUUGCAGCUCAAGGUUACCAUGGAUGAUAAGAAGGUAUCUCAGUUCAUGACGCGUGCAGCACGCCUUAAUGAGGCUUUCUCACUGAUAAAACAGGUUCCUGUCAUACGGCCAUCUCUACCUGCUGUUGGGGCGACGCCAUGGCCGGUGAUGAGUUUGAGAUGAAAGUCGAAAGUGUAGAAGAGGAGGAGAAAGCAGUACAGUUACAGUGUGUUCAUGUUUUUUAGAGUCUAAAAAGAUUAUAUGGGUUUUAUUUAGCCCUUGCUUUGCUUGUAUAAUCCAUGGGUUCUGUUCUGUCUUCCACACAUGCAUAUGAACCCUGAAGUUCCUACGAGACCUUUUGUAUCAUUUUUAAAGUUUCUGUAUAAACUCGACAGUUGAUUUCUAUCCGGCGGUGUCCCUGAUAUUUCUUU